AGAGUUGCUAUGACAACAAGGAGAAUAAUAGAACUGUGCGAUAGAUUUCGAUUAAUUAUUGCAGACAGUAUUUCAAAGAAGUUAGUUUACUAAUUAUACAUAUCCUAACGGAAAUGGCCCGUCCAGAUCAAGGAUUAGCUGUUGCUAGAUGUAAUUACGUUGGUCAAGACGAUAUUUGGAAAUCUCACGUCUAUCACGAAACGAAAGCUGCGAAGUCAUGGCCGAGAAAUUGGAACUUCAUGACAACAAGAUAUCGCGACCUUGUAAAAGAAGAAUUUCCGGUGAAAGAAAAAGCUCACCAAGAAACUAAAUUGCCGAAAAUCACACCAAUAGAAGAAAGGGUUAAGGUCUGUUCAAUUUAUUAUACAAUGAUUCAUACAACUCUCAGUCUAUUUACUUUUUCGUAUUCAUAACAACAUUUUAAUUAGAAUUGUUAUUAAAACAGGUGUUGCCCUCGCCUCGACCAAUUCCAAGAACAACAGCACAUAUGAUUGGCUGGAGAUCGUCGCUUCCCGAUCUUAGAGUGAGUAAUGUUUUUCGCGUUAAGCUAUAAGAAAAAAAAAUGAUGGUAAAGAUAAAAUAUUUCCGUAACGGCCUCCUAAGAUUUGACUGGAAGAAAAGGUUAUUGGAAAGGUGAAGUAUUUAGCAUUAUUUUGCUUGCAUUUCUUUCCAGUAAACCUCUUGUCCGUCAACCUUUUUAUGUUCUUUUUUACAUUUAAAUAAGUCGAAACUCAAGAACAAAGUAAAAUAAUACUGACUGUGCUUAGCAUAUACUUUCACCUUAAUAUUAAACGCGAUACUCUCCCAUUUAACAACACGAAAAUCGCAAGUUGUUAUCGCUUUCAGAAAAGUGCCAAAUGUAUAGAAACAAUAUUAAAAGUACUCUUUUUGAAAUUAAUUUUACUGUUAACAGCAAAAAAUAUAUAAAUAGUUUAUGAUAAAAAAAGACAAAGAAUACAAAAAAAACACAAUACAAUUAUUGAAAUAAAAUAACUAUAAGAAAAAAAAAGUAAAUCCUAGUAUACAAUUUAUAAACAAGUGAGAAAUUGUUAAUGUCAAGAAAAGUAAAUUGUACAAAUUUGGAAUACUGUAUCCUUGUCAGUUGAAAGAUUUUCUUUUUUGUAUGAAAAGGGAAUUUUAGUAUGUUUAUCUCUAAGAGUAUUGAUUUCUUCAAGGAAGCUGAAGGUUUAGCAGACACGAUAGCUUAAAAAAAAGGCAAAUUAUAUCAAGUGAACUUAGAUCCUAAAAAAUAUUUAAUAUAGGCUGAUAAGUAGAGGAUAUAAAGUUCUGUUUAAAAAAAACAGGACAAUCAAUCGACGAUUUUUUUAUUUUGUACAAAUAAAACUUGCUUGAAAAAAAAAUACUUAAACGUUGAUUUGACAGGCAACAAUUCCGCAAGUGUUUAUUAUGUCAAAAAAAAAAUAAUAAUUCUUUUUCUACAGCUCGAACGCUAUGGCAGAUAUGCAAAAGGGAAAGGAGGCUUAAUUCGACAAUUGAAGUGGCCGGCUGAAGGCAUUUGCUGAAGAAAAGAGAGAGAGAGAGAGAGAGAGAGAGA